AUGAAGAACGGUGAAGUGGCUCUUGUGACCAUUCAACCAGAAUAUGCAUUCGGGUUGACCAAAUCAGCACAAGAUUUGGCUGUUGUUCCUGCAAAUUCGACGGUCCAUUAUGAGGUGGAGCUGGUCUCCUUUGUCAAGGACAAGGAGUCUUGGGACACGAACACACAAGAAAAACUCGAAACCGCUGGGAAGAAGAAGGAAGAAGGGAAUGCACUCUUCAAGGCUGGUAAACACGAAAGAGCCUCCAAGAGAUACGAAAAGGCUGUGAGGUUUGUCGAAUAUGACUCCACUUUCAGUGACGAGGAGAAGCAGCGGGCGAAGGUGCUGAAAAUAACCUGCAAUCUGAAUGAUGCUGCGUGCAAGCUGAAACUCAAAGACUACAAGCAGGCAGAGAAGCUCUGCACAAAGGUUUUGGAUUUAGACAGCCGGAAUGUGAAGGCUUUGUACAGAAGGGCGCAAGCGUAUAUCCAACUUGUGGAUUUGGACUUAUCAGAGCUGGAUAUCAAGAAGGCCCUUGAGAUAGACCCCGACAACAGGGAUGUGAAACUGGAGUACAAGGUAUUGAAGCAGAAAGUGAGAGAGUACAACAAGAAGAACGCGCAGUUCUACGGCAACAUAUUUGCAAAAAUGAACAAACAGGAGCCGGUGCCGAUGACCAUCGACAGCAAGGCAUGAUUGAGGUUGUCAUGUAAUCGAAACAAAAUUUGAGGUUGUGUGCAUUUUUGAACAAGAUUAGUAAUGUAAAACCUCGGGUUUGUCAAAAUGUUUGUGGCUAAAUGUGCUU